UCUUUAAAAAAAAAAAAGUGCAAAAUGACCAGAAGUGAUAUUUCAUGGUAACGCUUGCUGAACUUGGCUUCGUUGUUAUUAUUAUCACUUGCUGCAUUAGGUCCUGAGUGACGAUACGUUGGUUCUGCGCAUGAACUCAUUGCAAAUAUCUAAAAAGAGUCUUCUUUUUCUCCCUUCUUUUCGUGAAAAAGUCGGUUCCCAGUAACAGCUGCAGAAGACUAUUUAAAACAGAGUAGGGGGAAGUACAAACAUACAGAAUUGAAUGAGAAAGAAAGAUAAUGACACUUCCCUCUGCCGUCGUCUGCAGGAAACAGGUUCUUUUUUUUUUUCUUUUGACAGUGAAUUGUGAAAAUGCACUACCGAGAAGGGGAGUUCUGUUUGUGUGUAUUUUUAAGUUUCAGUCGUUUUACGAUAAGGACAUAGUACAUGCAGAUUAACUGUAGCUGAUUUCUAAUCCUCUGUCACAUCCAACUUGUAGAUUUCUCACACUGAUAAAGGAAGGUUCAUCAUGAUCUCUUUCUGGGCCAUGGUCCUCUUUCUGAUUGGUGACUCUGCUUGCAGUUCCAGUAAGAUGAUGGCCAAAGAGGGCUCCUGUGUGACGGUCAACUUAACUCUGUCCGAUAUAGGGAAUUCUGGGUACAUUGUUUGGUUGAAGGACGCCGUGUGGAAUGACACGGCAGCGGAUUUUGACGGCACAAUCGUGCACAGCCUCAAACCUGACAAACCCGCCGCGAGUGAAUUCGAAAACAGAGUGUCUGUGUGUUCCACUGGGGAUUUAUACAAAUUGACCAUCAGUAACCUGAGACUGAAUGACAGCGGAAAGUACAUGGUUAGAUACUAUGAUAAAGCUGAUCCUCCUUACAAACUGAAAAAGAGCAGCGCUGAAAUGAGUCUUGAGGUUCAGAAGAACCCUUGCCAGGUCAGCGUAACAGGGCCGGAGCUGGUCCAGAUGGGGGCGGAGGUGAUUUUGCGCUGCUCCACCGUGGGGCCCUGCCAGAACAGCCCCGAGUGGCGUAGGUCGGGGUCAGGCCCGGCCUCCAGUGAAGUCUCCAACACCCAGGGUGCGAAAACAGCCCAGCUGCGCUUCAAAGCGGACUGGUCACAUGACGGGGUGGAGUUCUCCUGUUGGCCGUCGCCGAGCAACGACGCGUGCGCCUCCAGAAACAUCACGCUGGCCGUGGAAUAUGCUCCAAAAGAGGUCAGGAUAACGGCGAGCAGGACAUUGGAGGGGAUCCAUGAAGGAGCUGCAGUCAACCUGACCUGCGAGGUCCAGAGCAGCAAUCCAAGCGAGCGGUCAUACUCCUGGUACAGAAACCACACCGUCCUGCUCGAAACUGGCCAAGUACUCCGUUUCCCGGCCGUACGACCCAAGGACAGAGGCUCUUACCACUGCCAAGCCUUAAACUCCGUGGCCUCGGAGGAUUCCCCGGAGGUUACGAUCACCGUUCACUAUGGACCCAGAGGCACAAAGAUUAAGGCCAGCUGUUGUGAGGGAGGGGUGAAGGCCGGCAAAAGCCUGACCCUCACCUGCGAGACCGACGCCCGUCCUGAACCUGGCUACACCUGGUUCCGCACAAUUACAGAGCCGGGUGGAGAGAGGGGUCCAGGAACGACCGAGGUUCCUGUCCCUUCUAAUGGACGGUCUGGCGGGCAAUACCUCAGAUUCUCGCUCAUCAGUGCAGGCGACGCCGGGGAAUACACGUGCCAGGCCAAGAACAUCAUCAGCGCUCAAAAAUCCACCGCUCUCCGUGUAGACGUCCUGUGUGAGUGCUGUAUUUAGAGUCCCAGUGCUCUCUGUGUAAACGUCCUGUGUGAGUGCUGUAUUUAGAGUCCCAGUGCUCUCUGUGUAGACGUCCUGUGUGAGUGCUGUAUUUAGAGUCCCAGUGCUCUCCGUGUAGACGUCCUGUGUGAGUGCUGUAUUUAGAGUCCCAGCGCAUUGUGAAUACUCUGCCUGUGACUGUUAUCGAUCUGUGAUUUACUGUUGGAGUGUCUGUGAUUCACCGCUAUGGUCUGUGACCCACAGUCACAGCGAAUGUCUGUGAUUCAUUGUCACCGUAGUUGUCUGUGCUCUCCAAUCGCCAAUCACCCUCUGCUCUUACUCUUCAACUGUUUUUUCCACAGCAACAGAUAUAAAAGCAGUGCUUUUAACCAUUAGACCUCCAACACUAGAAAGCCAGAUUAGCACUUCAAGUUGUUUCUCAGAGGACUCACAUCAAGCAGAAAGCACAAUAAUUUUAUUGGAUUUUCUCGAUUAUGUUAAAUUGCCAGGUGGUAGUUCAAUAUAAUGGGCAAUGAACUGGUCUUGCAAACUAAAGGUUGCGGGUUUGAUUCAUGGGCGGGGCACUGCAUUGUACCCUUGAGCAGUGUACUUACUCAACUGCUUCAGUAUUUAUCCAGAUAUAUGAAUAGGUACAAUGUAAAAAAGCCAAAGUUGAGUAACUUUCUUUGAAUAAGGAUGUCUGCUAAAUGCCCAUGGGAAAAAAAUGUAAAAUGAUUUGAAAGGCUAACUUUUCUCCUAAGAUCUAAAUCUAAUGAUUUUUCCAUUUUUCUAUACUCUGUACAUGACUACAAAAAAAACCAGUACAAACUAUUUUUUGGCAUCAUGGGUCUAGCUAUGUCAAUUAGUUGUGUUUCUCCAUAUUACAUUACAUUACAAUUACAGGCAUUUAGCAGAUGCUCUUAUCCAGAGCGGCGUACAACAAGUGCAUAUAUUCCAUAUAUAUUCCAAGGUAAUUUUGAUCAUGAGUGAGGGAAGAAAUAUGACAAUGCUUGGGAUCAUUAGCAAUAGAGAAGUUUGCUACACUGCCUUUUAAAAAACAAAUAUUUUUAUUUCAGAUCCUCCUAAGAACACCUCAGUGUCAGUCAGCCCCUCUCGAUCAGUGUUAGCGGGCAGCUCUGUGACUCUGACCUGCAGCAGUAAUGCCAACCCAGCAGUAUAUGUAUUUUUUGAAGUCUGUUUUUCGGUAUGUAACUGACAUGUCCUUCAUACAGGUUUUGACAUUGCCUCACUGCUGAUUGGUGCAGGUGCCAGUGCUGGUGCCAUGAUGAUGAUAUGCCUCAUAAUGCAGCUCAUUCUAAAG